UUGUCAUGAUUGAGGAAGAUAUCUUUAUUAAGAAAUAGGUAAUAGUCCUUGACAUAGACAAUUAACAAAUUUGAUUUAAAGGAAAUUAACAUAAAGUAAAAUGUUUGGGUUUGACGGCGAAUACCGCCGUAAGCCACAGCAAAACCUUGGUGGUUCGUCAACAAGCAGCGAUAGGGAGACUAUAAUUCGAAAAGCUGCAGAAGAAAGAAGAAGAAGGAAUCAACUACGUCGAGAAAGCAAUGGAGCAAUUGUUUUGCAAUCAUACACAAGGUCUUUUAUUUAUCGCCAAAGGCGGAAAAGAUUUGAAAGGGAGCAGUUCGAUGAAUUUCUUCAAUCACACCGAACACAAAUUCAACACGACGAAAACUUGACGUUUCUGCUAAGACGUUUGUUAUUCUUCUACAACACAAAGGAAACCAAAGAUGGUGAGAGAUUGAUUGAAAUGUGCCAACACAUUUUAAAGAGUCCUGCUCGUAUUCUGCAAAAUGCAACCGCAGACAUGAUGUGGCUACAUCGGCUGAAAAAGCUUCUAGACCUUUGUAUAGUGCAACUCACAUCACUGUCACAAACAUCUCAAGCCAUACCAUUACGAAUGUUGGAAACAUUUACCGCUGAGGCUUCCAUAGAGCGCUACGUAGAAAGUGAAAACUUGAUACAAAAAUAUUUGCAAUACAUAUUUCAAUACCUGAUAAGGAACGAUUAUUUUAAACGGCUUCGUUUGCUUUUGGAACUGAAAUGUCCCCCUUUGGAUGGCGAAACUCUACAUGCACCAAACCCAUUUUCGGAGGCUAUAUUCAAUCUUCUGCUGAGACCUUUACUGUUGGCCAACAAUUCGAAGGCUGGUGUUUCUUGUAGCGCAAAUAUUUGUUUGUCAUUUGUAAGGCAAAUACUAUCACUGCCAUACACGGAUUGUAUACAAUAUUUUCUUUUGCCAUGUUUGGCCGAAAACGAGGAGUUCCCCUUCGAGUUUAUGAUAAAGACACUACAGAAGUGGACAAAAUCGCAGUUACCCGAGAGAAUGGAAGUGGACACUGUGAGUGUUCCCACCUUUACUGGUGCUUCUGCGUCAACUAAUAUGACAAAAACCAAAAAUACUAAGGCUAGUGAUAUUGAGGCUUCGGAUGUCAAGGGUAUUUUCAGCUCAUAUUUGUUGACGUCUAUACUUGUAUUGGAUCGCAAGCGAUUGACUUCGCUCCACACAAAGACAAUACUGGGCGACUACAUCAAAAUAAUUGCAGAAGUCUCAUCGAAAAUACUUCAGUUGCCAAAAUCUUCCCUUAAACACUCCGGCCAUCAGCAAAGUCGACACGCUAAUGCUAGCGAAGAAACUACAUCUGACGAAGAUAGUGAUGAGGAGGACUACCAGGCAAAGCGUAAUAACCAAGGCAUGGAUGUUGACGUUGACUCAUGUCCAACUGCCAUUACGAACAAAGAAAAAGAAUGUCUUCUGGAAAGCAUUGUACUACUUAAUCAAGGACUGCGGGUUCAGGCCAUAGUGGAAAGUAUCGAAGACUAUUUAAAUGACGGCGAUGUCUUGUAUGGACUUUGCGAAAUAUGCCAUAACCUUAUGAUCUAUAAUAAAAUGGCGAUGUUCGAAUAUAAAUUAUUAUAUACGUUAUCUUUUAUGCCAAAUUUCAUAAGAGCCGUGUGGUUUAGCUUGGUGGCACAGUCAAAGCAACAAGGCUUUAAUGCACCGUUGACACUCAUAUCAAAGGGUGUAGUUCCAAAACUACCGGGCAGCGAAUCGUUUGUGGCUCUGCUCGCCACAUUUUGUAUGCUAUUUGGGCGCUUACUGCCAACUUUGCAUGACAACGAGUUUUGUGAUGAAAAGAUUUUAAUAGAAAAACCAUUGCAGCCUACAAUUCAUGUACGCCUUAUGCCGUUUUCGCUCUCUGAAAUUGUUCAGUUGUCCAAAACUCUCAAAGAAGUUUCGUUGGGUCUGGUCGAGUUAGCGUUUCCCGAAACACGUUCAAAUCUAAAUCAACAUUAUCGCUUUAUCCUAGGCCGUUCGGAUUCAGAUGAUGCCAAAAUGAAACAACAAAAACAGAUCUGGGCAAAUUUGCUAAAAGUUGUGGUAUUUGUAUUGAAUCAAAUACACACAAGAGAUCUCAGAUUGGGAUUCUGCCCUGACUCGCAUUGGACAGUCACAAGGUUAGAUUUACCUCUGGAUAGACCUGCCGACCUACCCUUGAAUCGGGGAAGCCGUACACGUGGCAUACGACCCUUCCAACCGAUUAGAGAUUUUACAAGAGAGGAUUUUGAAAAUGGUCCUCCCAUGUCUACCAAACAAAUACGUUCAAUAACAAUACUGAGGGAAAUACCUUUUGUAGUGCCCUUCAGCAAACGUGUGGGCAUUUUGCAGGGAUUAAUGGCCGCCGAUAAAAUGAGAGUACAGGGUAAUCUGCAGGCUUUCCUACAGGGACCGUCAAUUAUGUUAACAGUGAGAAGAAGCCAUUUGUAUGAGGACGCUUACGACAAAUUGAGACCGGAAAAUGAGCCUGAUUUACGUUUGAAAUUUCGUGUGCAGUUUGUUUCUUCAUUGGGAUUGGAUGAGGCUGGCAUAGAUGGCGGAGGUGUGUUUCGUGAAUUUCUAUCGGAGUUAAUAAAGACAGCUUUCGACCCAAAUAGAGGCUUUUUCAUGGUAACAACGGACAAUAAACUUUAUCCCAAUCCCAGUGUGGGUGAUCUAGUGCCUGAUUUUGAAAAACACUACUAUUUCAUAGGCCGCAUUAUUGGAAAGGCGAUAUACGAAAACCUUUUAGUUGAACUUCCCUUAGCUGAAUUUUUCCUAACCAAACUAGCCGGAAAAUAUUCCGAUGUUGAUAUACACCAGUUGGCUUCCCUAGAUCCAGAGCUAUAUAAAAAUCUUUUGUAUUUAAAGGACUAUGAGGGCGAUGUCAGUGAAUUAAAUUUAGAUUUUACCGUGGCCAGCAGUUCCUUUGGCCAAACCCAAGUCAUCGAGCUUAAGCCGCAAGGUCAAACAAUACCCGUGACCAACUCAAAUCGCAUCGAAUAUCUGCAAUUGAUGGCCGAUUACAAAUUGAAUCAACAAAUACGUAAACAUUGUGUAGCAUUUCGAAAAGGCUUGUCCAAUGUUGUAUGUGUGGAAUGGCUUUAUAUGUUUAGCAAUAAGGAACUUCAGAUAUUGAUAUCAGGCGCUGAAAUACCAAUUGAUUUGGAGGACCUCAAAAAGCAUUGUAAAUAUGGAGGUGAAUACAGUCCGGAACAUCCAUCGAUAGUGGCAUUUUGGGCGGCAUUGGAGAGCUUUGAUGAUUUGCAAAAAAGACAACUGCUGAAAUUUGUAACGAGUUGUUCGCGACCACCACUGCUGGGAUUUAAGGAUCUGGAUCCUCCUUUCUUCAUACAAAAUGCAGGCGACAUGGAACGUUUACCCACGGCUAGUACUUGUACUAAUCUCCUUAAAUUGCCUCCGUUCAAGACAGUUGAACAAAUGCGCGAGAAGCUAUUGUAUGCCAUCCAAUCGGGCGUUGGUUUCGAAUUAAGCUAGACACACAUCCAUUUACCCACUUUGUUUUUUUUUCCACUUUCUCUCAUUUCGGAGACACAACUAGGACUUUAAACAUUUACUCAAUAUUCCAUUUUACUUGUAUAGAAAUUGCGUGCUUUACCCUAAAUUAAUAUAACAGCAUACAAAUGUAUCUCCCUAAAUGUAAAGAAAUCAGAAAACAAAAACGGAACAAACGAUUAGAACUCAUGACGGUCAUAUCAGAAGAACGAAAUUAUAUUUAUUUAAUUGGUACAUUGAAUAUUGCUAAAGUAAGUUUACAAGAAUAAAUAAUCAAAUAUUAAAAGUA